AUGCGCCAAACAGAGAAUGCCCUCCUAGCCCAGGUACCGCUUACUGUAUCCCCAUUCAUCAACUUGCCUAAGGCCCCGACCCUACCACACAACUACGCCAGCCUGCCUUCCACAUUACCACCCUCCAUCCUUAACUCGGACGGUGAUGACCCUUCUGCACCCCCAGCCUACGUGACCUCGGGCACUGGCUUUCGCGCCCACCCCUCGGCCAUCAUUUCCCAGAACAAAGCCCUCCGCGAUCAACUCGACACCGCUGCCUCGGAAGCCCGAAUCAAAAUACGCGACUGGCGUGCCGCAAUCGACGAGCGCGAGUUAGCUGAGAAGAGGAGGAAAGCUCCUGGCUGGUUGGACAGCGAUGCCAAGAUCCUCAGACCUGCGACUACGGCGCCGCCGCCGGAUACAAAACCAGGCGCUAGUUUGUUGGAUGCCGAGGAUGAUAACAACGAUGCGUUGCGGCCGCAAGGGUCUGGGAACGACAUGGGGUCGCAGAUGGAUCGUGCCUUUGGUUGA